GGAAUGUCAUAGCGCCCGCCCCAGAAUGCACGUUCUCUUUGCAUUCCUCCUCCUCUUCGUCGCGCAGGCCUACGCAGCGCCCGGCGGAUUCGUGAGGGAAACGAACGGUCAGCGGAUCGCGCGGGGGCUUCCCCCCUUGCCUGCGAAGCUUGGUAAGGUGCUUCCCGGACGUGACCAGUUCUACAAACCCACCCCUGCCUUCGGCAAGAGGUCCGCUGCUUCCGCGUCCCCCUCCCCGUCCCCCUCUGCUGCACCUGGGUUAAGCUAUAUAGGCCGAAUCCAGGUCCGUUCAGAAGAUGGAUCACCCCUGGGUUAUCUGAGAAGCGCUGGAGGAAUCAAUGAAAUCAACGACCCUACGCCUGAUGAUGACCUUUAUGUCCGCGUACAAGCGAAUAGAGCUGGUGCACCUCACGACCUCAUCGGCUUGAACCACCCCUCUGGCCCUUCGUUCCUUGGUGCUAGGGCUUCCGGCGCAGGUCACCUCGCCCGCCGAUCACCAACAACGCUCAAUCUAGCGCCCGUUCGCCAAACUCUCCCCGGCGGUCGGCCCGCGUCGAUGGCUGACGACACCUACAGUUCGGCGAUAUGGUCUAUGAACCUUAAGACGAAGGAGCUGAACGCCAAGUGGAUCAACCCUGAUGGAAGCACGCCGCCCACCCUAAUUGCUUACGAUAAGGACUCGAAGACGUUGUUCUUGACUGGCGACCUUGAUGCGUACAACGAACAUCACGAUGCGAAUGCUUGUGCAGUGUCCUUCCAUGUCACCACAGGUUAACACGGACUGGAUUGGAACGUGUCGCGUUGUUGUUUCACGACGUAUAACGAUAAGACGCGGUUCAACGUGGAUGUCACGCCGUUUUGGAUGAUGGACUUGCGAAUCGAACUUGUAUUGGUUGUAGAAACAGUGCUCGGGUCGUCUCGAUUCUAGUACUGGACUUUUCUGCUUGGACACUUUCCGGUGAUAUGUAUGGACCAAUAAUCUUGCUGUUGUUGUAUCCUUAACCUUCCCAGUACCCCUCCUACCUUCAGCUAAUUACUGUACGAAGCUGUGCUAUGCGGGCCCAACACGCAAUGGCUGUCGCAAGGCUGUUGUGUACUUAGGCUACAAGUUGUGCGUGCGCCGCAAUCGUGUGGUACGGGAGGGG